AUGGUGUUCGCAUCGCUCGAAUCACUGGAGAUCCCAAUAAUCAUCAUCCCCGACAGCAGCAGCAGUGACAAGAUCUUCAAUGUUACUGUCCAUGAUGUUUCUGCUGCUGAUGAAAAAGAAAUGAAGAGAAAGUCAGUGAAUGAGGGAGAGUCUGUUACUUUGGAUCCUGGUGUCAUGAAAAAAACAGAUGAUUUGAUGACGUGGUAUUUUAAUGACAUUCCCCUCAAUGAAAUCACUAGAAAUCAGAGCAGUAUCUGUGCAGAUGAUCAGUGUAAAGAUGCUGAAGAGAGAUUCAGAGACAGACUGAAGCUGGAUCAUCAGACUGGAUCUCUGAUCAUCACAAACACCAGAACCACAGACUCUGGAGAAUAUACACUACAGAUCAUCAGCAGCAGAUUCAGCAUCACGAGGAGCUUCAGUGUUAAUGUCACUGCUGUUCCUGAUUCAGGUCUGUCUCCAGCUGUUGUAGCAGGAAUAUCUGCAGCUCUUGUUCUGCUGACAGUGACUGCAGCUGCUGUGAUUUACUAUCGCCGCAGACCAAAGCAUGGACACAGGAAGAAGCCCGAUGAACAGAAGAAUGCUACAGAUGUGACAUCCCAUAAUGAGGAAGAACCACUAAUGGACACUACCAAUGGGACAUCCCCUAAUCACAAUGACCCUCAAUCGAAGGACACUGACAACGUGACAUCCCCUAAUCACAAUGACCCUCAAUUGAAGGACACUACUGAAAUAUCUCGUCUGUUUCAGUUCUGUUCUUGA